GAUGAGAAUGUUAUACAACCAAACUCGUUUUGAUAGCUUGGGCAUUUAUAAAUAGAUAGAUGUACGGCUGUAACGAGUGCUAAAGGUGUAACAUACAACAUUUUCCACAUACAUACGUCUGAUUUCAGCUGUGAAGAAUGCUGGGCAGCAUUUCGAGGCGAUGGCGGGAGAUAAACGGGCGUGACAACUGGAAGAACCUCCUUGAUCCUCUCGACAUCCAUCUAAGGCAAAGCAUCAUUCACUACGGUGAGCUGACCCAAGCUGCCUAUGAUGCCUUCAACAUGGAGAAAGCAUCAAAGUACGCUGGAAGCAGCCGGUAUGGGCGGGCAGACUUCUUCACUAAGGUGGGCUUAGUGAACGGAAAUCCAUACAAAUACAAGGUAACCAAGUUCUUGUAUGCAACGUCUAAGAUCAACGUUCCAGAUGCAUUCAUCAUAAAGUCCUUAUCGAGGGAGGCAUGGAGCCGAGAAUCGAACUGGAUAGGGUACGUCGCUGUAGCCACUGAUGAAGGCAAGGUGGCCCUAGGGAGGAGGGACAUUGUAAUCGCGUGGCGUGGGACAGUCCAGGCAUUGGAAUGGGUGAAUGAUCUUGAUUUCUCUUUUGUUUCUGCCUCCAAGUUAUUGGGUAAAGCUUCUUCUGGGGAUGUUGCUACUGAUCCGAAAGUGCACCAGGGCUGGUUCUCUAUCUACACCUCGGAAGAUCCACGAUCACCGUUCAAUAAAGCCAGUGCCAGAGAUCAGGUCCUGAGCGAGGUAACAAGACUCGUGGAAGAGUUCAAGAACGAAGAAAUCAGCAUAACCAUAACAGGCCACAGCUUGGGUGCAGCCCUCAGCACUCUCAACGCGGCGGACAUUGUUGCAAACGGCUACAACAAGGCCAACGAUUUCCCUGACAAGCCCUUCCCAGUGACUGCAAUCGUGUUCGCAAGCCCUCGAGUCGGAGACUUAAACUUCAAGCGUGCCUUCUCCGCAAUGCAAGAUCUACGGCUGCUACGCAUCAGGAACGCGCCUGACAUCGUUCCCAACUACCCAUUGUUGGGUUACACCGACAUCGGUAUUGAGCUGCAGAUCGACACCCGAAAAUCGGACUACUUGAAGAGCCUGGGCAAUGCGUCGAGCUGGCAUAACUUGGAGGCUUAUUUGCAUGGGGUUGCAGGGACACAAGGGAGUAAAGGAGGUUUUAAUCUUGAAGUGAAACGUGAUAUUGCGCUUGUGAAUAAAGGGAUUGAUGCAUUGAAGGAUGAGUAUCUUGUGCCCACUUCUUGGUGGAUUGAGAAAAAUAAGGGCAUGGUGCAAUCUGAUGAUGGGUCAUGGCAUUUAGUGGACCAUGAGGAAGAUGGUGUGGACGUUUGAAUCUUAAAUGAUACCGUUAGAUUACUUUAGAUGGGAAAAUUCAAAUGAAAAAGAAGAAAAGAAGAUAAAAGGAGUUACGAGUAUUUGUUUUGCUGUUUGUUAAAGGGAAAAAAAAAAAAAAUCAAAUAAAAAGGAGAUAAAAGGAGUUGCAAUAUUAGUGCAAGAGUGGGUAUCUUGUCCACCUGUUCUCGUCCUGCCACUUUUACACCUUAUUGGUAGCUUUUGUAUUGUGAUCUCGUACACCAUUUUUAGAUGGUUUAGAUUGUUAGACGACUGCA